UGUUGGUAACGUAGUAAUAGCACAGUAUGCAUAUAUUUAGGAGGUGCUCUGAACCUUGUAGCCUAUAAAUACUGGGCUUGGCUUAACUUUAGGGCCUCAAAAUAGACAUGUCUAGUGUGAGCAAGAGUGCAAGUAGUUCUAGUGAUGAAGAUGUUGAGCUUAGGAGGGGGCCAUGGACUCUUGAAGAAGACACUCUUCUCAUUCAUUACAUUGCUUGUCAUGGCGAAGGCCGGUGGAAUCUGCUCGCAAAGCGUUCAGGCUUAAAGAGAACCGGGAAGAGUUGUAGGUUGAGAUGGCUCAAUUAUCUAAAACCAGACGUUAAGCGCGGAAACCUUACCCCGGAAGAACAACUCUUGAUUCUUGAACUCCAUUCUAAGUGGGGCAAUAGGUGGUCAAAAAUUGCAAAACAUUUGCCCGGCAGAACUGACAACGAGAUCAAGAAUUACUGGAGAACUCGAGUGCAAAAACAAGCACGACAUCUAAAGAUCGAUCCAAAUAGCGCUGCCUUUCAAGAAGUGAUUCGGUGCUUUUGGAUGCCACGUUUGAUUCAAAAGAUACGCGGAUCAUCAUCUCCUUCUUCAGUCAUAUUAUCCCAAAACUUGGCUAUUGCUAGUCGGCCUCUGAUCAACCAUUCAUCAUUGCCUCCACAAGUUUCUCCUCAAGCAAAUGUUUAUACAAGUGAAACAACCAACAAUUUGGAUCACCAUGUCAAGAAUUCGAGCUUGGAACACAGCACAAGCCCAAGUGUUUCUUCUUCAGAAUCCAUGAAUAUCUCACAUAUGACGCAAGUUUCAGAAUACCCAAUCGAGGCCAUGGGUAAUAGUCAUGACUACAACACAUUUCUAAAGGGUGGUUGUUACAAUGUUGAAAACAUUAGCUAUGACAUGGAAACCUUCAACAUAUCAUCUGUGGAGUUUGAAAAUUCAAUUGGUGGUUGCCAUGUGAGCCAAAGCAAUUGGAUUGACAAUGAGUUUGGAGAUAGCUUCUGGAACAUGGACGAAUUAUGGCAAUUUAAGCAGCUACAAGAGAGGGGGACCUAGCAUAACCCACAAUUCGGUGACCUACGUGCACAUAAAUAUAACACAGAAAAUAUACUGUUUAGUUGAGAUUCAUUCUGAGUGUGAUUUAGGUCACACUUAAAAUAAAUCUCAGUCAAACAGUGAAUGUUCUAUGUAUUUUUUAUGUUUUAAUUCUGUAUACUUAACAUUUUUGUUGUGUGACAUAGAUUAGAUUUUUUUUUUCCCAAGAUUUUCUUGUCAAGUGAUUAUUGAUUCUUGAUUUGUCUACUUGCAAAGAGGGGAAAAACAAAUUCAAUUGUUGAUUGAA